AUGCCUCCGUCGGCCGAGCCGUUGGUAUCGUCUGAUUCGGACAGUGCUGCCCAUCACCUCCUGUCCAUGUCGCUUGCCAGCAAGGCUGCCGCCCUUCAUGUCGAGGCCAACCGUCAUGUCGAUAUCAUUGACAUCCGACGCGGCGAGCUAGAGAUCAAUCUCAAGCAGGAGAUUUUCUCCUCAUUCAGUCCCGAGGACGGUCCCCGAGCACUGCCCACGCUGCUUCUCUACGACGAGAAGGGCUUACAGCUGUUUGAACAGAUCACAUUCCUGGAGCAAUACUACCUCACCAACUAUGAGGCUGCCAUUCUUGAGGCUUCGGCCGCGAGCAUAGCCGCAAAGAUUCCACAGGGCGCCAUGGUCCUCGAGCUAGGCAGCGGAAAUCUCCGGAAAGUGAGCUUGCUUUUGCGGGCUUUUGAAGCGGUCGGCAAAAAGGUGGAAUACUAUGCCCUGGACCUCUCGCGUCGUGAGCUGGAGCGUACGCUCGCCCAGCUGCCGAAGUUCGAACACGUCACCUGUCAUGGCCUGCUCGGCACGUAUGAUGAUGGGCGUGAGUGGCUGAAGUCGCCCUCUGUCCUUUACCGCCAGAAGUGCAUCCUCUCGCUCGGAUCCAGCAUCGGAAACUUCCAGCCGAAUGAGGCCGCCGAGUUCCUCCGCAGCUUUGCAGAUGUGCUACAGAUGGGAGAUGCCAUGCUCAUCGGACUCGACAGCUGUACCGACCCGCGCAAAAUCUACCACGCAUACAAUGACAACCAAGGAACCACCCACAGAUUCAUCCUGAACGGCCUUGCCCACGCUAACGAAAUACUGGGCGAGGAGGCUUUUCAGCCGUCGGAAUGGCAUGUCAUCGGCGAGUAUGUGCAUGACGCCCGGGGCGGUUACCACCAGGCAUUCGUCUCGCCGAUCCACACGACUGUGGUUCUGGGAGAAACUGUCAGGGCCUAUGAGCGAAUCAAGUUCGAGGAGAGCUGGAAGUAUGCCGAUGACGAGGUGAAAGCGCUGUGGCAGGCGGCCGGCUUGGUCGAGUCCUGCCGAUGGGAACAUAGCAACAAGGAAUAUGGAAUUCACAUGCUCUCCAAACAGAAGAUGUCUUUCAGCCUGCUCCCGUCCAUUUACGCCAAGACGGCGCUUCCGUCGCUGGAAGACUGGGAGGCUACCUGGGCGGCCUGGGAUACGGUGACCCGGCGCAUGCUUCCCGAUGAGGGGCUGCUUGACAAGCCAAUCAAGCUGAGAAAUGCUUGCAUUUUCUACCUCGGCCACAGUCCAACCUUCCUUGACAUCCAGCUGAACAAAACGAUCGGAGGGACCCCGACAGAACCCGCAAGCUAUGCGUCCAUCUUCGAGCGAGGCAUUGACCCGGAUGUCGACAAUCCGGAGCUGUGCCACUCCCAUUCCGAGAUCCCAGACGAGUGGCCUCCGCUGAACGAUAUCCUUGCCUACCAGAGCCGAGUUCGGGAGAGACUCCGGGGUAUAUAUGGGCCCGGCAAUGGAAGCAACCCCAGCCACGCACACAUCCCACGUCCUGUAGCCCAAGCUAUCUGGGCUGGGUUCGAGCACGAUCUCAUGCAUCUUGAGACUCUGCUCUACAUGAUGCUGCAGAGCGACAAAACGCUUCCUCCGCCGAACGUGCCGAGGCCGGACUUUGCAGAGCUGGCUGAAAAGGCGCAUGCAGCCCGGGUCCCGAACCAGUGGUUCAAUGUGCCAGCGCAGGACAUCUCCAUUGGCCUGGACGAUCCCGAAAAUGGAACGGAACUGACGCGCCAUUUUGGCUGGGACAACGAGAAGCCUGUCCGUCGAAUCCAUGUCGGUGCCUUCCAAGCCAAGGGAAGGUCGAUCACGAACGAAGAGACAAAUGGGCACACGAAUGGACACGCCAACGGUCAUGCGAACGGACACACAAACGGACACCAAAUUGGACAAGUGAACGGCGCAGGUCAGUCGGCUGCUACGCUGCCACUGCCGGCCUCAUUCUUGCAAGGAAUGGCUGUCCGGACGGUGUUUGGCCCGGUGCCUCUCGAGCUUGCCCUGGACUGGCCUGUGUUUGCGUCGUAUGACGAGCUGUCAGCCUGUGCGGCGUGGAUGGGUGGCCGCAUUCCGACGUUUGAGGAGGCACGCAGCAUCUACGAACACGUGGAUAGAUUGCGCAAGAAGAAGGAGAAGAAUCAGAACAGCAGUCGUGCCGUUCCGGCGGUGAAUGGACACCUCUCUCUCAAUGGUGUGAAGGAGACACCGCCGCAGGCAGCAAACGGCAACGGUGGUGCCGGCGCCUCGUCCGACUCGCUCUUCAUCGACCUGGAAGGCGCCAACGUUGGCCUGAAGCACUGGCACCCGAUGCCGGUGACAGCCAACGGGGGGAGGCUUGGGGGACAGAGCGAGAUGGGUGGAGUGUGGGAGUGGACCAGCUCGCCGCUGCACCGCCAUGCUGGAUUCGAGCCGAUGAAGCUGUAUCCGGCAUACACGGCAGACUUCUUUGACGGAAAGCAUAACAUUGUGCUGGGCGGAUCGUGGGCAACGCACCCUCGCCUUGCUGGACGGAAGUCAUUUGUCAACUGGUUCCAGCGAAACUACCUCUACGCCUGGGUAGGUGCUCGGCUGGUUCGGGAUGUGUAA